UUGAGACGGUCCGCCGAAUCAUCUCCUAGCCAGAGUUGUGUGUAAUUGUGUGUUUGUGUGUGUUCGAGUGCGUGUAACGUGUGUGUGUGCGCCGUGCUGUGCCGUUUGUGUGUGUUACAAAUUAAAAUCAGUUAGUUAAAAAUGACGACCUAUAUGAAAAUAUUUAACGAACGCAUCUCGGGCCUAGCCACGGGUGUGGAUGAGACAGUCGAUAGCUGGUUUCUGAUGAGUUCACCAGCUCCUGUGGUGACAGUGGUUCUAGUCUAUUUGGCAUUUGUAUUGAAAAUUGGUCCCGAAUAUAUGAAAAAUCGUAAACCCAAGGAUCUGAAACGUAUUAUGGUGCUGUAUAAUGCUUUUCAAGUAUGCUACUCCAUCUGGAUGUGUCGCACGUCCAUUCGUGAAAGUAAUGUGAUGGCAUCAAUCUUUUCAAAGAAAUGUGAAAUCAAUCGUACACGUGAACAGAAUUUAGCCUUAUAUUCGGGAGCCUGGUUCUAUUUCUUCUCAAAGAUCAUUGAUCUAUUGGACACGACAUUCUUUGUGCUGCGUAAGAAGAACAAUCAAGUGUCCUUCCUGCAUGUGUAUCAUCAUACCAUUACUGUGAUGUUCUCCUGGGGCUAUCUGAAGUAUGCACCUGGCGAACAGGGCGUCAUCAUUGGCAUUCUCAAUUCGGGCGUACAUAUCAUUAUGUAUUUCUAUUACAUGGUCGCCGCCAUGGGACCUCAAUAUCAGAAAUAUCUGUGGUGGAAGAAGUACAUGACAAGCAUCCAAUUGAUCCAGUUUGUCCUCAUCUUGGGCUAUAUGUUGCUGGUGGGUGCCAAGGGAUGCAAUAUGCCAAAAACUUUGACAUUCUUCUUUGUGGGCAAUACGAUUAUUUUCCUGUAUCUGUUUGGCAAUUUCUACCGCAAGACCUACAGAAAGGGAAAGAGCAUCGACAGCAAUGGAUCUGUGGGAACUGGCACCAGUUUGGCCCAAUCGGCUCUACGUGCAGCAGGCGGCAUGGGUUGCAUGCCCAUCCAGUCCAAGUCCAGCCAAUUCAGCAUGCCAACGCCAGCCAAACAGUCCUAUAUCGAUCUGAACAACAACAGUGUGAAGCCCAUGAAACUGGACUGAGAGAAUGAGACCGAUUUGUUGGUCGAUUGUUUCUCUCUGUGUAGUUUGAUUUGGUCUGGUGGGAUUCACUUUUAUAUGUCUAAUAGAGUUUUUUAGUUUAGAGCGGGGCUUUAGUCUAGUUUAAUCAAAAGAAAACAAAAACAAAAACAAAACAAAUGUAAAACCAAUAACAAAAUUUCGAAAUCUGUAUCUGUAGUGUGCACCCUGUAUAAUGUUUAUGCCAAUUAGCAGCAACAGCAGAAGAUAAUAAUCCAAAACAAAAAAAAUCAAAAAACCCCACAAAAAAAAAAUCGUUAGUUAGAUAAGUGUGAAUGUAUUAGUUAUGUGUAUGUAUGAGUUAAGAAUGUAUGUGUAUUUUUAUCUAUAUCUGUAUUUUAAAAUGUGCAUGUGUAUUAAGAAUCUUAUUAAAGAAAUACAGCCGUAAAUCGUUUCUCAAAAAGAAAAAAAAAAUAAAAAUGAAACAAGAAAAUUAAA